AUGGCAUCUGUCUCCCUCGCAGGUGACAGGCCCCUGCAGGAAGACGGAAUGAGUCUGAGUGGCCUCACCCACAAGCAGGCCGUGCAGUGCCUUGAGGGCAGAGCCCAGGCAGCAUCUGGGUAUUGUCAUGUUGUGUUCCACCUUCUGCCCAAGGUGGCAGGCUUUGCUUGCCCCAGCAUCCUGACCUGCAGUGCUCGCAUCACUCUCAUGGGAGCUGGGAGCCAGCAGAGACAGAAAGGACUCCAGGGCCCUUCUGCUUGUUCCCCAUCCUGGAUUGCAAGCCUGGCCUCAGAGAGAAGGCCCAGGACGGCACAGCAGUGUCCUUCUGUUAAUAGCAGGACUGGAGUUCAAUGCAGGGCUGUUUCCUUGGCAACAGCCUUGCCUGGCAGGCCUGCAAGCUGUGUCUCAGCGACAGAUGGUGCGAAGUGUGAAGUCAAACUGAGGAACUCUGCCGGUGGUGAGGGAUUCUGCUUGGUGCAGAUGGAGGAGAGCUGCAGCCGCCUCAGGAAUAAUCUUGUGAGGGCUAAGCGGCUCUUCCCAGGGCAGCGGCUGAGGGGAGCGGCCUUCGCAGUGGGUGGCAUUGACCCGGCUGCAAACGGAAAGCCACGGACGCUCCUCUUCCAGGUGGGAGGCCAGGAAGGCUGCGGCCUGGGUGCAAGCUGGUAUCAGCCAUACUCUUCCAGGCCCACCCACUGCCGGAUGCUGUGGGCUCUUGACAAUCAGCCCUGGUGCCUGCCUGUAAUCGCCUAA